AUGGCGCACCACGCGCAUGGUCUUUCUCACACUCUACCGAAGAACUUCACGUUCCCUUUGGUAGAGGCUGACGACCCAACGACCCCUAAACGAAAUCCAUCAGAACCUACAGUUCCCCCUCCCCCUCGCCACGCCUCUUGCCAUUUACCCAGAUCCCGCGUCCGCUCACAAACCAAUGUGCUCGCUUGUGUGGAGCGCGACUUUCUCCUAUCCACUCUACAGUCUCCUGAUAUCCCUCUGCCAUCAAUCGAAGUUCCAACUCCGGGGGAUCCUCAGCCAAUGUUCUCUUCCCCGGUUGAUCCUGUACCCAGCGAUCAUCUGCUAGUUCCUCCGCGUGGACGGAUCGAUCUAAGAACGCCGCCGGCCCAGAUCCGUGCUUCACCUCUCGACUCGCAGAGCACAUGCAGCUGGAGGCAACCAGACGCGAAAAGCCUGGGUGACUCGAUUGCACGCCCGAGUUCCGCAUGCUCUAACAUUUCGGAUUCUUCGGUGUCCUCCAUUGAGACUUCCGCUUCCCAAGCGUCCUGUGGAGGAAGUUGCACCAGUGUGGAGAGCGAAGAUCCUUUCGUCCAAUAUGAGAUGACCAGAAAAGCGGUCUUGGAGUCUCCAUACCGGCCUAGCACUCUGCGCACAAGGCCUCUAGAGCUCCCGAAGAAGGAGAGAUGGACGGUGGAGAUGGAUAACCACCUGUGGAACACGUAUCAAAUAUACCUCCAAGACCCGACGAUCACGCCAUUUAAGAUGACACCAGGCAGCAUACCACCGCUCGGAGUAUCUCAUCGAGUUGCCCGCGAAGCAAGGAGAACCUGGCCCAGAAUGUCAACUACGGAUGAUGCUACCUUUUGCGCGGAGACACAGGCGGUGGCAGCAGAGAUGCGGAGUGGCAGUUCAACUCCCACGGCAAAAGCCUCUAAAGCGAAGCCUGUGUGGCCUAGAUCCGAGGCCUCCACCCGUCGACGGCUCAAGCUACUAUGUAGACGGAAAUUCUCGAUUGCACCGCAUUAUCAGCGGCUGCUGCAGUCCCGUAGCCCCUCGCCCUUCAUCGAUCCGUUCUCGAGGAGCUCUCGAGAGUCCUCCCAGGUCGGCCUUCACGGCAAUUCAACGUCAUUCGCUACGCGGGACCUUGGUAUUUCUCUGGUCUCAAGCUCCCUUCCUGGACCGCUCUCUCAGCUGGUCACGGAAGGCUACCCGUCGCGCGAGUCUGAGAACGUGUUCAAUCGGCCUGUGCCCCCUACCAUUCAAGUGGAAGACAGGAGUGACAGUUUUAGGCCCGCCGUGAAUGUCAAUCUGGACCCGUCCGGUCCUAUUCCUCGUCUGGGGUCGCCUUUCAAGUACCACACUUGGGGCCCUGAACGCUCGCGCCAUCCUGCCCGUCUCUUGACUCCCGUUAACCAGCGUGACACGAUCCAUGCCACUGGUUCGAGACUACGGUCGCCUGCGCGACGCCAAUCAUUCUCGAGCGUGCAAAAGCGGCGAGCUCAAUAUCAGCUUGAAGAGGAGAUCACUCCGGACGGAUCAGACAUCGAUCACAAUCUUCAGGACCUGUUGCACAAAGGCAAGAUAAAGGACAUCGGCCACCGCCGCGUACGCGUUCGAAACCGAGGAAACACGACUGGAGCCGUCAAUAUCAGGGGACAACUAGACCAGCUAUUCUCCCCAGUUUCUCCGUGGGCAACCUCUGGAACGGAUGACCACAGUCCAAAGCCAACAACAGAAUCAAACGGCUUGUUACAACCAGGAGGUGAGGCCAUCAAACGGUUGGGCUCGCCUUUCGAGUUGAAUGGUCUCAAGCGCAUCAAUACUCCAGCCAGAUCUCCUCGCCACGCCCCUUCUCUUUCUGAUCCAUUCGUGGGUGGCGCGCUCUCUUCUAGACGUGCACCUGCCCACCAGGACUCCGAGUCUGACGGACGAAAAAGUUUCGGUACAUUGCCUUAUGACCCCACCGAGGAGGGCAUUUCAGAUGCAGAACGAAUCCGACGACAGAUUCUCAACAUGCCUUUUACCCGGAAAUAA